UCCGCUUAUACGGUAAGAAGAAAGCAGAUAGGAAAAAAAUGGCUGCAACAAUCAGAGACCAUGGAGUAGAAGUAUGUGUUCCAGAGUUUGUACAGAUGAAUAACCUGGCCUGUGAGUCUGUUGGAGGAAAGGUGUUAUUUGCAACUGACGAUUGGUUUGCUGCUGCAGAAAAUUUAUUGAAAAAAAGUGACCCAGAAUUUAAGGUUGGCCUCUUUACAGAAUAUGGCAAAUGGAUGGAUGGUUGGGAGACGAGAAGGAAGAGGAUUCCAGGUCAUGAUUGGUGUAUUAUUGAACUGGGCGUUCCAGGGAUAAUUUAUGGAUUUCAUGUGGACACGCAAUUCUUCACUGGAAACUACGCUCCUCAAAUAUCUGUCCAAGCUGCAUGCUUGCAACCAGGAAAAACAACAUUGCUGCCACGUGGGGAAAGAAUUGGAUCUGCUGCCUCAGAGGAAGAUUUUCAAAUUGCAGAACAGUUUAAAACAGAAAACUGGGACUGUCCUUUCAAAAUGACAAAGUUAAAUCCAGGAUACGGGGAGAGUUGUCACCACUACUUCCCUGUCAGUCUUUUAAAAAUGACAAAGUUAAAUCCAGGAUACGGGGAGAGUUGUCACCACUACUUCCCUGUCAGCUCAAGGAAAAGAUGGACGCAUGUUCGCCUUAACAUUUAUCCAGAUGGUGGGAUAGCAAGAUUUAAAGUGUAUGGCAUUGGACAGAGAGACUGGACCUUGUGUGGUCCAAACAAUCUGGAGGAUCUUCUGUCAAUGACUAAUGGCGGUGUCUGUCUUGGGUUCAGUGACGCACACUAUGGACAUCCUCGGAAUCUCAUAGGAAAAGGAAGAGCAGCUGAUAUGGGUGAUGGCUGGGAAACAGCGAGAAGACUAGAUCGGCCUCCAAUAAUAAAGGUGGAUGGCAAAGGAAUUCUCCAAGUUCCAGGAAAUGAAUGGACAAUUUUUCGUCUUGGUCACCCAGGUCUCAUAACACAUAUUGAAAUAGACACCAACCAUUUUAAAGGUAAUGCACCCAACUCAUGUAAGAUAGAAGCCUCAGUUCUGACACCUAAAGAAGAGGAGGAGAAAAUCAAAGCAAAAUGGGAUGAGAAGUUGGACCAGAAUUGGAAAACACUUCUUCCUAUAACACAGCUUCAACCCCACAAGAGGCAUUUCAUUGAGGGAACUUUAAUUUCACUGCAAGAGGUUGUGACUCAUGUGAGGGUCACUAUUGCUCCAGAUGGAGGUGUAAGCAGAGUACGGCUCUGGGGUUUUCCACGACAGCUUUCAUAAGAACAGACCAUAAA